GUCUGCCGCAGCCGCUAUAACGAGGGGGAACUAGUGCCGGGCCCCAAAGCCCCCAAUCCCCACUCCCCCGUCCAAAUCCAAUCGAAAGUUCAAUUCCAUCCUAAUCGCCGACUUUGUAUGGGCGUGAUGAGUUCCUCCGUCGUGGUCUUCGGCAAUGAUGACGAGGACGCCAGCGUGGGCGAGAAUUCCGUCGUGGUCUCCGGCAAGGGCAAUGACGCCGUCAAGCCCUCGUGCACGGUGCAGUAUUCCUGCGUCAAGCGGCUUCGUGAGCGGCGCCUGCUCUCCUUCCUCGUGGACCAAGGCUUCCACGGCGCCUUCAGAGAGCUGAAUCGCGAGACGGGGGUGCUGUUCAACGUGGAGCACAUCCGGCGGCUGGUGAGGCGGGGACAAUGGGAUGAAGCCCUCAUGUACCUCAACACCUUCCUGCCGCCGUUCAUCAGUGAACGUCGGAGCUUCCGUGCCAGGAUCUUCAACAACUUCCUCCUCAUGCACCCCCGCUUCGCCAACGUGGUCACCGGCAACAAGGACAUGCACCUGGACAAGCAGUACGCCUACGGCCGCAGCAGCUCCACCCGCGCCGAGCGCAGGUUCCGCUCCAUGAACUACUCCAUACUCGCCCCGGACUCGGGCCACCUCAGGGCCGCCAUCGACUGGGACAAGGUGAGGAGCCACGCAGCGUGUCUUAUCCCCGAGUUGGCUCACCGUACUCCGGAGCUGAAACGCCGGACGGUGCUGCCGUCCCGCUGCAUGAUGCCGCACGAUGUACUCCCCAUUGGGACCGGUUUGUUCCUGAGGCGUCGUGUGAAGAAACAAGGCCCCCAGCCGCCAAAAACAGACGCUAUCAUCACGGCCAUAAACACCAGCGGUAUUGCCGCCUCGUUAGGGAUUCGAGCAUUGGAUCGAAAGAUGAAGCACUGGAACUGCUGGUCAAUUACCUAGAUCAGACUUUGCAGGCUGGUCUACCUAGAGGUUGCACACUAAGCUAUGACUUUCAACCAAGUGGGAAGGAAGUUGAACUUGCUGCAGAUGCUUUUGAUGCUCCGUCAGAGCAGACCAUGCUUGGCGCAUCCAAAGAU